AUGACUUUCUUUGGACGGAUGCUUUUUGUGUUGGCUUUAUUCAACUUGCUCUGUGUCCACAGCAGGCCGACAGUUGUGCACCUGCGUAGCAUGGAAAGCUUCAUUCGUGCAGUGAAGCAGGUCGAAGACUCCAACUCUGACCUGUCGCCUCUGACUCUGGUCAGAGCCCUGCGAAGGACUGCUGGCCAUGAUGAUGUCAUGACCAUUCAUUUCUUGGGCGCAUCAUAUCAUCUCAAUGACACGGAGUUUCUAGAGAAAUCAAUUCUUAAUGCAUCAUCCUUCAGCUUUUUUGAUAAGGCCAUCCACCACAUUGUGACAGACCAUGGAGAAGAACGGGGGGUGGUUCUUGCUCCAGACGGCACCACAGUGGCACUUGCACCCUUGUUACUGGGGAUUGAAUCAGGACUGAAGGCUCAGAUGGAGGGGACUCGAGCUGUUGGACUGUUCCCUCUCACCCUUGGCAGGAUGCUAGGUCUCUCGUUCCUCAGCCUUCAGGACAUCCCACCAUCUCUACGUAUAGGGCCUAACGGGUGCUGGGACAAUGUAGACCACCCAAAGGUGUACAAGCUAUCUCAACCUGCCACUCUGGCCACAGACGCUAUAAUCAAUGGUGGCAUGGAUGGGGUUAUCCUGGGCAUGGACCUCAGCAGUCUGCCUAUGUCUGAACGGCCCCAGAACCUCAGUGAGAUCUUAAAAGGAUACUACAGUUUUACUCUGAAUGAGGAGCAGGGUCUGGAUACUGUGACCAGCCAUGUCAGCCCAAGGAGAAGGGAGCUCUCCAGAGCACUUCUGGAGUCACCUGAUCUUCAAAACCAAAUCAUGGAGACACUUGCUUUGGUGUGGAAGUUGGAGAAGACAGAGUGGAUUGCUAAAGACACCGGCGUACAAAAGGCAGUGAAGGAUGGACUGAAGACAUUUGUAUACAGGUACUGGGACUGCCCUCAAAUUAUCCCUCGCUGCCAGUGGGGGGCAAAAGCUUACCGGGGUACACCGAUCCCACUGUCCCUUCCCCUCCAGUUUCUCUACAUUCACCACACCUAUGAACCCUCAUCGCCCUGUUUAUCCUUUCCAAGCUGCUCCCGUGACAUGAGGGCCAUGCAGCGCUUCCACCAGGAAGAUCGUGGAUGGAGCGACAUUGGAUACAGCUUCGUGGUCGGCUCUGAUGGAUAUGUCUAUGAGGGCAGGGGUUGGAACACGGUUGGCAGACACACGAGGGGGCACAAUGCCAUAGGCUAUGGUGUGUCAAUCAUUGGCAACUACACAGCCACACUGCCGUCUCGUCACGCCAUGGACCUGCUACGUCACCAGUUGGUGCGUUGUGCUGUGGAUGGAAAUGGACUUGCCGUCAACUUCACCAUCCACGGCCACAGACAGGUGGUGAACUACACUGCCUGCCCUGGGGAUGCAUUAUUCUCAGAAAUACAAGGCUGGGAACAUUUCAGGGAAUGA